GGCAAGCAGUUUUAAUUUUCGUCCGCUCUGCACUAAUAUGACGACAAAUCGAUAAAAUUUUAAUUACGUAUUAAAACUAAAUUCUUCGAUGGCUGGAAUGACCAAGAAACUGUCCAUAAAUUUUAUUGCAAAAUCAGCGAGACCUAAUAGACGUAAGAGCGAAUCUAAAGAGGACAACACAUUGGAUGAUAACAAGGAUGGUGAUGCUUAUCAAACUAUGUCCUUAGACGGGGAAUCCGCUUCAGAUUUUAAAUUGCUUCAUAACAACAUCCGAUCGUUUCAUGAGAACUUAAAGAAUUUAAACAGCGUUUUUCAAAUGAAAGCAGAGGAGGGUGAAACAAUCCGACGAUUAGCUCAUGAUAACUUGGGUCAUGUUUUACAUGUGCUCAAAGAAAUACUGGAAACUCACCCCAAUCUAAAUAGUAAUGCGUUAGUUAUUGCUGUUUUGAAAUUGAUUAAAGAGAUUAGAGGUAAGAUAUCCUCGAAAGACGACACCCAUUUAAAAGAUAUUUGUAAAGUGUUAUUGUUCUUUUCUUUUGUACAUUGUUUCUUUGAACCAAUUAGCGAUUGAGUAUUAAAAUUUGUUGAAAAGAUGUCUUACAAUAAUUGCUAUUUUAAUUUAGCGCUUCCUCAUAACGUUAAAAAAGAGAAACUAGAAGAAUUGAUGCAGGAUUGUGAUAGUUUGGCCAGCUUGCUAUCAACGAGUGUCUCAAGUUACGUGCAUAAGGAAUUAGAUGAAUUUAAGGAAAUCAAUAGGCAUAAGGAUAGCCGUUAUAACUCUUCGGAGCAGAUAGAAUCCCCCGUCGAAGAAGCAUCGGGGAAACAGCUGGACGAAAUGGUAGAUAAAGUAAAAAAUGGCGUCGAUGAAUGCUUUAAAAGAGCAAAGGCGUGGGCGAAUUAUGUAAAGCAAUUGACGAAAUAUGUGGAGCAAAGAUGCUCUUGCGAAAUGGAAUUAGCUCGAAAUGUAAAAAAAUUAGCAGAAAAUUAUAUGGUUACUCUUAAAACGGAAGAAGUUGAACACACAAAAGCUCUGGAAGAUAUGUGCCGACAAAUCAAGGAACAUCAUUUUGUGUCUCAGAUGAGGGAUCAAGUCAAAUACCAUGAAGAUAAAAGAAAAACCUAUUAUAACAUGUGGACAAAGGCUAUAAAAUCAAGAAAAGAAGCCGAGGAAACAAUGAUAAAACUUCGUAAUGUAUAUGAUCGAGCUCAUGCUGAUAUGGAUCGUUUGAAGAUGCAAUGGGGAUCCAUAUCGGAACAAGAUGAGCCUAAGAGUAAAGAAAGAGCCGAAAAGAAAUAUGAGGAAGCCAGAACGAAAGUAAUUGAGCAUGAAAACUCUUAUAAACAAAGUAUUGCUGAAGCUAAUUCACAAGUGCAGCAAAGCUAUAAAACUCAGAAAGGUAUUAUAACCGCCCUAAGACAAUUACUCAGUGAAGGAGAUGCAAAAUUACGAGAGCAAUCCUAUAAACUAUUUCAAAGUCGAAAAUUAGUGGCCGAAUCUUGUCCUCCUCAACUCGCCCAAAAUGAGGAAGAGUGUAAAAAAUACUCGGUUAACUCUCAUUACGCUGAAUUUAUUCGCGAUCUUUGCAAAAAUUCCGAAAAAAUAGAAUUCGAACCCGAACCUUUCAAAUUCGAACCAUAUGAAGGACGAAGAAAACACGAUGUAAGUGAUACUGAUUCUAUCAGUGGUAGUAGUUCGAAAAGUAGGGAAUCAUCACCGGUAUCUGGAAGUCCAAGGAGCCAUAGACUAUUCGAAGUUAGCUUGAACGAAUAUUCAAAUAGAUAUGGGUGUCUCGUGCCUCCUAUUGUCACGAAAUGUAUCGAUUUUCUAGAAUCUGGUGAUAAUUUAAUGAAAGAAGGUCUAUAUAGAGUUCCUGGACUUGUAUCUAAGGAAAAACAAUUGACAAAAAUGUUUGAAACACAUGAAGUAGUUGAAGAUUUAACAGAUUCUGGAUAUCAUGUUGUCGCGUCCGUUCUGAAAAAAUACUUUAGACAGCUUCCUGAGCCUCUACUCAUGGUUCGUCUUUACGAUGACUUUAUAAAAAUUUCCGAGAAAUUUCCUGAACCAAUAACUCUAGCAAAUGAUCGUUUAAAGGAGAGCUUAAGGGACGUCGUUAAAAAACUGGAUAAACCACACUAUGAGACUUGCGCGACUCUAAUGAAUCAUUUAUAUAAGGUUGCUGAACAGGAAUCUAAUCACAUGGAUGCUUUUAAUUUAGGUGUAGUUUUUGGUCCUAAUUUAAUGGGAGAUAGACAGAGGGCUGCAAAUAUGCAAGAAAAUCAGGAUCGAAUUAACCGACAAAAUAAAGUUAUUCACAUAUUAAUAGAAUUCGCUCCUGAAGUAUUCAAGACUAAGGAAAAGGUUGAGUUGCCAUUUUGUAAUCAAGUUCAAACGUUCAUCGAUUCAGCUAGUCAGAAUGAUUCAGAUGAUGGUGCUAAUAGAAGAAAUUCGUAUCCCAGUACACUUUUAAACGACAGUAUAGAUGCGGAUGACGAAGGUGACGCUCAUCAAUCUGCUCCAUCAUAUGAUAAUAUUUCCAAAGACGAAAGGUCACCUCAUUUCGUGUGA